AAUGGCACUUGAAGGACUUUUUCUUAAAGAUGAAGGCCAUGACAUGAGUUCAAAUCAUGAUGUUAAGUUCCCAAAACUUGGUGACAUGCUAGAAUAUAUUCUCAAGCAGCAGCCAAAUUUGUUAAAAUUUUCUGAAACAAGAGAUCAUAGACUUAUUUUUCCCUCAAAGAUGUACUUGGUUGUUAUUAAAUUUUUAUCGAAGUGCUUUGAGUCAGAAUCAGAGUAUGACAACUCCAUUGUGGAAAAAAUGUAUUUACUGCUAGAGCAUGCUAUGGCUUUUGAAGGCUCUUCUGAGUUGCAUGCCACUGCCACCAAAUUGAUGGUUAGCGUAGGAGCUUGUCUUCCAGAGAUAACAUCAGCUCACUAUUCCCUUAGAAUUUCUUGGCUAAAGCAAUUGCUUAGUCAUGUGGACUUGGAUACUCGUGAAUCUGCAGGGCGCUUACUUGGCAUAGCUUCCUCUGCUCUUCCUAAUUCUGAAGCUUCUGCUCUUCUUUGUGAACUUGUCUCCUCUGUUAGUGGAAUACACAAGUUAAAGUAUGAGGCACAGCAUGGAGCAUUAUGUGCAAUAGGAUUUCUUGCUGCUGAUUGCUGUUCAAGAACUCCUGCUAUCCCUGAUACAGUGUUCCAGAAUACACUUAAAUGCCUGAUGGAUGUUGUUAAUUCUGAGCCUGCUUCUCUGGCUUCUGUUGCAAUGCAAGCUCUGGGUCAUAUUGGGCUGCGUACACGGUUACCUCCACUUGUUAAUAAUACUAGUCAAGUUGAAGUCCUUGUAGCUUUACAUGAAAAGUUGAGAAAGCUAAUUUCUGGCGAUGACAUGAAAGCAAUUCAGAGAGUUGUUAUCUCCCUCGGACAUAUAGGUGUAAAAGAAGCAUCAUCUUCACAGCUAGAUGUUGCUCUUGAUCUGAUUUUUAGUCUUUCUCGAUCAAAGGUAGAAGAUAUCUUGUUUGCUGCUGGGGAGGCUCUAUCAUUCCUAUGGGGUGGUGUCGCUGUCACUGCUGAUGUGAUUCUCAAAACUAACUAUUCUUCGCUGUCUAUGGCCUCAAACUUUCUUAUGGGGGAUGUGAGCUCGUCCUUUUCAAAAUACUGCUCUAAUGGAAAAUGUGAGACUGAUGAGGACUGUCAUGCCAUGGUUAGAGAUGUCAUUACUAGAAGACUUUUCGAUGGUCUUUUGUAUAGCAACAGAAAGGAGGAGCGCUGUGCUGGAACCGUUUGGCUACUCUCUCUAACGAUGUAUUGUGGCCAUCAGCCAACCAUCCAACUGAUGCUCCCAGAAAUUCAGGAGGCCUUUUCGCACCUAUUAGGGGAACAAAAUGAACUUACACAAGAGCUGGCAUCACAAGGCAUGAGCAUUGUCUAUGAACUUGGUGAUGCGUCAAUGAAAAAAGGCUUGGUAGAUGCACUUGUAAACACUUUGACUGGUAGUGGAAAAAAGAAAAGAGCUAUCAAGCUUGUUGAAGACUCGGAGGUGUUUCAAGACGGGGCUGUUGGUGAGAGUCCAAGUGGGGGCAAACUUAGCACUUACAAGGAGCUUUGUAGCCUCGCAAAUGAGAUGGGCCAACCUGACUUGAUUUAUAAAUUCAUGGAUUUGGCUAAUUAUCAAGCUUCUCUUAAUACAAAGAGAGGUGCUGCUUUUGGGUUUUCCAAGAUAGCCAAGCAAGCUGGGGAUGCUCUUCAGCCACACUUGCGUUUGUUGAUUCCAAGGCUCAUCCGUUACCAAUAUGACCCUGACAAAAAUGUGCAGGUUUGUUGACUCACAUUUUCUCUAAAAAAUAGUUUUCGGAAGAGUCUAGAGAAAGAAAGUUGACAGUUCUCUUGCGGUGAGUGUGUAUCUUUUACAUUUUUUCUAGCUGGUUUUCUGGAGUGCUAGUCCUUUCCCAAAGAAGUUUUGUGGUAAUAGAAAUAAGUCUUUUGAUCUGAUAUUGGAUAGGGAAAUUUAGGACUUUUCUAAAGGAGGAAAAAUAGUUGGAUUGACAUGGUGGAAAUUUAGGACUUUUUUUAAAGUUAACAGCAUUCUUGCGGUUAGUUUGUGUUUUGUACAUUUCUUCUAGCUGAUUUUCUGCCUCACCAUUCUUUUCACCAAAGAAGCUUUUGGUAAUAGAAAUUUAUGACUUUUUUUAAGUUGACGGUGUUCUUGCAGUGAGUGUGCAUUUUGUACGUUUCUUCUAGAUGGUUUUUUAACAUGCCAUUCCUUUCAGGAAAGAAAUUUUUGGUAAUAGAAAUGAAGUCUUUGAUGUGAUCCUGGGCGAGGAAAUUUAGGGCCUUUAAAGGGUGAAUGAUAACUGGAUCCACAGCCAUUUUUCUUUUUCCAUCAUUUUAGCUCAGGGAUUAACUAGUUCUCUGAAGUCCUUUGUUCAUUCUUCUAUGUAAGAGAUCAUAAUUAUUGGAUUUGGAAAGACAAUGCCAUAAUUCUUCAUUGAGAAAUAA